CGCCUCCCCCCCUUUUUUUUCUGGUUGAGGGAAUAAGAGAGUGGUGUUGAAAUGUGUGUGAAGCAGAUCGGACCUUCGCUCUCAGAACCACCGUCUCGUCCAUCAGCGCCAACGGAGUCAUGCCCGAGCUGAAGAACUCAGAGCAGCCGCCGUAUGAAGCGGACAUUCCUGAACCCACGACCAGAGCGGAGCUGAUUAAAUACUGGAUCCCUCUCUCUCUGGACGACAGAACGGCCCAGAAGCUGCUCUGGAUCUCGGAGGGCGGGGCUAAAGUGUCCAGGAUGUCCGAGCAGCCGUGUCCCGUACUGGACCGACCCGAAAGAUACGAGCACGCUCCUCAGGUGGUGUGUAAGGACGGUCUUCUGGGUCGCCGUGGUUACUGGGAGGUGGAGUAUGAAGGCUGGGUGGUGAUCGGCGUGGUGUACGCCAGCAGUGGGCGCAAAGCUAAAGACGGGGCGUGCGGCCUGGGCGAGAACGAGGCGUCGUGGGCCGUGGGCUGGGGCGGAUCUCAUUACCAAGCCUGGCACGCCGGAGACAGCGUGGAGAUCCACGGUAACCGCGGCAACACCAUCGGCGUCUACGUGGACCAACCGGCCGGCGUCGUCGCCUUCUACCUGCUGGAGGGAGAGCCGAGAGAGGCGAGACUCCUGCACCGCUACAAAACCUGCUUCACGGACGAGCUCCUGCCCGGAGUCUGGGUGGGACAGAAAUCCUCGUGCCGGAUCCGAAAGAAAGAUUAGCACGGAUCCGGAUCACGGAUAACGCGACCGUGCCGCGGUUUUGUCGAGACGCGACAACGUAUAAAAUGCGAUGAUUUACGUCAAGGGCAUGACGUUAGAAAUCCUCUCCCCUCGUAUGUAUCCUCCUGUGUGUAGAAUGUUCUGGAAAACUUCUUUUAUGAUCAAAAUAAAGUGUGAUGUUCCUA